UAAGCUUUUAAUAUUUACAUAUGCGAAGCUCCUCGUGCGUUGAAAUGAUUUAAAUGAUCUGAGUAAUAUGGACGUAGAACAAAAUAACAUUUAUAGCGGACUAUUGAAAAAAAUAGACGAAACGGAAUGUUUAAUUCAAGAAUGCAAAAAUUUACCUGAUAUAUCUGGGAAGGCAAAGUUGUUAAGAAAGAUAGAAGCCGAACUUAAAUUUCUGAAACGACUUUCAAAGAAUCGUGAGAAAUUAAAAGAAGAACAUAUAAGAAGUUCUAAUAUAUAUCAUUUGUCAGCUAUAGUUAGAAGCUGCAAUGAAAUGCAAGGAGUUAUUAAAGUCUUGGAAACUUUUUCUUAUAUAACUGAAGAAAAUGAAGGUUAUGUUUAUGAGGAUUCACUUGUUGUAGACAUUGUUGCCGAUUUUGGGAAUACAUGGGUGAAAGUUGCCACUCGUAACCCACAUCAUUUGUAUCAAGCAUCAGUUGGUCAUGGGAAAUAUGGGCGGAAAUCAAUUGUUGAACAAGUUCAGGAUAUGGUGGAAUGUGCUUGUCAGAAUCAACAUAUGUUUACUAUUCCCAAAAUAGUUGUUCGUUUAGCAGCUGGUGUUACAAAAGAAUUGAAAGCACUCUUGGAGGAAUUAAAUGUUUUGGUGAUUGGAGAUGUAAUCAGUUCAGAUACUGAUGCUACUUCAACUGAUGCAGCGUCCCAGCUUACGAAUAAAUUAGAAAAAUUUGAUUUUAAUAGUGAAGAAGACUUAAGUUCAAUCUCGAGUGAGAAAUUUGUAGUAGACCAUAGUGAUGAAAGUAGUUACUUCAAUAUGCAGGCCUUACCAUCUGAUGCAAUACUUAACCUUGAUGUAUCAACAUUUUUAGCUUAUGUGUCAAACAUGACAAAUGGACAUUGUCAUGCAAAAUAUAGUGAAAAACUUUUGACAGAUUUAGCAAAGAUGGAGCAAGCUCGCCCUGUAAAAAUAAUACUUGAUCAGCUAUUUAAAGGUCGGAAAUUAGUUUGUUGUGAAACAGCUUAUAGAGAUUUCUUGGAGAUUCUUUCAACAGUUGGCGGUGAAGCUGAAAAACAAAGAGCAAAUGAAAUGCUAAAAUAUGUAACAGUAGUUCCAGACAAUCCUUCACCUAAAGCCCUUUCUUUGGAGAAAACAAGCAAGAUUAAAGAACGUUCUAAGAUUGUUUUUGGUACUGGAGAUAUGAUGAAAGCUGUUACUGUAAGUGCAAACUUAGGAUUUUUGCGAGCUGCAAGGUCCCAGGGUAUGAAAUUUGUUGCAUUUGUUCAUGAAUCUAGAGCUCUUACAGAAUGCAAAGAACUUAAGGGUGAAGACAUUUCUUGUAAUUAAAAUAAGUUAUUUUUAAAUAAAUAAGAGAAAACGUC